AUGGUGCCUCCUCAAACGCUCGUAAAACAAGCGCGUCUCCGACACAGCGAGGCCGACUCAUCAAGACAGCGAGGCCGACUCAUCAAGACAGCGAGGACGACUCAUCAAGACAGCGAGGACGACUCAUCAAGACAGCGAGGACGACUCAUCAAGACAGCGAGGCCGACUCAUCAAGACAGCGAGGACGACUCAUCAAGACAGCGAGGCCGACUCAUCAAGACAGCGAGGCCGACUCAUCAAGACAGCGAGGACGACUCAUCAAGACAGCGAGGACGACUCAUCAAGACAGCGAGGACGACUCAUCAAGACAGCGAGGCCGACUCAUCAAGACAGCGAGGCCGACUCAUCAAGAAUUCGAGGACGACUCACCAAGACAGCGAGGCCGACUCACCAAGACAGCGAGGCCGACUCAUCAAGACAGCGAGGCCGACUCAUCAAGACAGCGAGGCCGACGCUGUUACUCUUCCCCCUCAGUGA